AUGACCACCGUGCCACAGUCCAUAGUAGCAGCCACGGAAGACGAGAACAAAGACCAACCGAGGAAUCCGCAAAACCAGGAUAAAGAUACAGAUACCAGCCCAAGCCGGAGCAGAAGCAAUGCUGCACUCCAAACAAUUCUGAUCGGAUUGUCUGGCCCGUCAUCGAGUGGGAAAACCACACUCGCGAGGCUUUUGAGAACGAUUUUUGAUUUCGAAAUCACUGUUCCAGUUGGUGUUCCGUCGAUAAAGGCUGGGAAAGCUGAAGCUGAAGCUGGUCAUGGUGAAGGAACACAGCAUCAGCAGCAGCAGCCGUCGCUGACCUCUGGUGCUGAUGGUGGCCAGAUGCAGGAGGAAGGCAGGUCGUGUCGGUGGAAAGUGACGCUGUUUGUGUUGCACGAGGAUGAUUUCUACAAGACGGAUAAAGAUGUCCCCGUCGCCACAGUAAGUUCACCCGAAUACGGCACCCGCGACCUCCUAGAUUGGGACUGCGUCGAAUCUCUGGACCUGCCCCUUUUGGAAAAUACACUCCGCCACGUCCGCAACCACGGCACUUUACCACCCGACACAUUGAGCAAAGAAGACCAAAACGCCAUUGGACCCAUCGACAUCCGCGACGAGGAAGUCGAGCGCAUCAAGAGGGAAGUGAAGGGGUGGUUCGAACGGACUAUCAGAUCCAUCACUGCUUCUGCUUCUCUUGAGUGCGCCGGCAAGGUGGACACGUUCCAGUCGGACCCGUACGAAAAGGAAAUCCGCAUCUGUGUCCUCGACGGGUUUCUAUUAUACUCUGAACCUCCUGGAUCAGAGGUAGAAUCCACCGGCUCCGGCAGCGCCUCCGCCUCCUCGGUCUCCCUUCUCGCCCAUCUCCACACCAUUUCCCGAACCCUCCUGGACCGCCGCCUAUUCCUCCCCGUGACACGCGACCAAAUGCUUCAACGCCGUCUCGCGCGAAUGGGCUACGUCACUCUCGAAGGGUUCUGGGUCGAUCCGCCGGGCUAUGUCAAAGAUGUCGUUUGGCCGAAUUAUGCGAGAGACCACAGCUGGAUGUUUGUGAAUGGAGACGCUGAUGCGUGCGUCUUUGCUGACAACAAAUGUAAGGAACAUCAAAUUGAUGUGUGUCCUGGACAGGGACGUUGGAGGUUAAGAGAGGUCUUGGACUGGGCUGUCGAGAAGGUUGAGGAGACGGUGGUUGAAAAAUUGCGUUGA